CAAAGAUGGUUACCAAUGGUAAAUAUACACACCCUUAAGACAUUUUUUGUCAGAUUGGAAGCCUGAUUCAAAUCAAAAUUAUAUUGUGUUACUGUACUUAUUCUAUGUGUUACUUUUAUUUAUUUAUUUAUUUAUUUAAUUGUAUUUUUGUUACUGUGGUAUCAGGAUAUGUCAACGAAGAGCACACAAUGAAAAAGUGACAAAAUCAUGCAGGUCAGGAUCAAUAUUCGACAAGACCAAGACUAGUUUACAAAAUUGGAUGACUUUUAUAUACAGAUUCAGUCAAGGUUUACGUUUACGCCAAGUCGACAUGGUCCAGGAUGGCAUUGCUGGAAGCUCUGCCACCCUUACUAAAAUGACCCGUAAACUGAGAUUAGUCUGCAGGAAAGCCUUGAAGAUGUUCAAAAGGAAGACAGGACAACGCAUGGGUGGAAGAAGGGAAUUUAUUGUGAUAGAUGAAAGCAACAUCCGCCAUAAAAGGAAGUAUGGACAAGGAAGAGCUGGACAGACGUGGAAGAGAAAGAAGUGGGUCUUUGGCAUGCUGGCCAUAAAGGGACAAAGAAGACGACCAGUUUUGCGGCUUGUAGAGAGGCACUCCAGAAAUCACCUGCUUCCCAUAAUUAGACAACAUAUUCGCCAAGUGUCAACCAUAUUAAGCGACGAGUGGAGAUCCUACAGAGCUUUAUCGAAUCUUGGUUACAGACACUACUCCGUAAACCACAGCAGAUACUUUGUUGAUCCAAACCAUGGAGGACAUACACAAAAUAUUGAAAGAGCCUGGUUAACCUACAAAAGCCAAAUAUGGCGAAUGAGAGGAAAUAGGACAGAGAAGCUUCUUAAAGAACACUUGUGUUUUAUUGAGUGGACUUACUGGCUGGGAUACAAGCACAAAGAUGGUCCUCUAGGUCGUCUUCUGAAAGACAUUAAAAGGCAUUACAGAGAUUAA